AUGCGCGUAGAAGAAGAACAUUUCAAAAAGAAUGGCGACUACAAGGCUUACUACACUGACCAUGUUAACCAAACCCUGGUCCGCAAUCAGACAGAGUUUAUAAAUGCUGUGGAACGUCUCUUCAAAGAUAAAAAUGAAGACUGGAGCCUUAGUGGAAUUAAGGAUGGCAUAUAUCAUAUCCGCUCGUGGGUAGCGGUAGAUGUCGUUUCUGAACUACGAGAAAUGGGAGACUCGGGUCUGGAACCAAAACGCUAG